AUGGCUGUUGCCGAGGGUAUCUUGGUAACGGCUCCUGCUAGGCCACGUUCUUUUGCAGAAUUGGUCCAGGCUUCUCCACAGCCUCUUCCUGAGGUUUUGGUUCCUUUUUGGGCUCCAAAAUCUGUGGAUGGAGAGGUGUGUGUCUUAUUCAAUAAGGAUGAAAUUGAUAAAUCGGCGGCUCCAUUUCGGUUCUCUAUUGUCCUUAAAUUUCUACAUCAGCGAUCUUCUUUAGAUUCGAUCAGAGCUUUCAUUCGUGCUAGAUGGGGUCUCACCAAGCAACCUAUUGUUCCCUCAAUGUUAAGGCCUCGUAACGUUUUCAUCCAGUUAUCGACUGAGGAGGAUUUUGUUAAGGCUUUGACGAGAGAGGCGACAGAUAUUAAUGGUGUGGUGUAUCGUGUCUUCAAGUGGACUACAGACUUUCAGGAGGAUAAAGAACCUGUCUUUGUGCCUGUCUGGAUUUCUUUGCCUGGUCUUCCCCCAAACUAUUAUCAUGACUCUUUUCUGCGUUGUAUUACGGCUUCUCUUGGGAGAUAUUUGAAACGGGAUAACCCUACCAAACGUGCUACUCGGACAGAGGGGGCACGAGUUUGUAUCGAGAUGGAUGUUUCGAAGGAGCCAUUGAGGGCGUUUUGGAUUGGUAUCCCUCGACAACCUCAUAGUUUUCUGCAGCAAGUGAUAUAUGAGACGUUACCUACAUAA